GGGGGGAGCAGGGGCAGGGGCAGGGAGGAAGAGGGAGCUGCCGCCGGGAAUGAAGGAGUUCCCAGGUGGCUUCAUCCUGGGCAAGCCCUGGUGGGACGAGCCCGCCUCCCGCCCCGUGCCACCACACCUCCGCAAGCCCCUCCCGCAGCUACCUGCUGCUACCGACGCCACCUCCACCUCCUCUUCCACCACCCCCAGCACCAGCACCCCUCCCAGCCCCUCCGAGGUGGAGCGGGUGCUGUCCCCCGCACUGGCGCACCAGCUGCUGGCCAUACCCUCCGACUUCUUCGUCUACGAGUUCCUCUACAAGAACCACACGCGGCAUUACCACCCGGAGAAGGAUGGCAGCAUAACGGAGGACUGGCUGCUGGGUCGGUUCUCGCGGGAGAGCGUGUCGCUGAUGAGCUCGGCUACCGGGGAGGUGGCGGGGCUGGAGGAGCUGGACCUGCUGCCCGGCAGCCCCCACGAGCCCCGCCUGCGCUCCGCCACCUGGCCCUACGUCAAGCAGGUGUAUGCGGGGGGCGACGAGUGCGUGCUGGCGGGCGGCCGGCGGGUGGUGCGCCGCGUGGAGGCGCGCAUCGCCUGCUCGCCCGACCCGGGGCGGCGGUACAUGCUGGUGCGGGAGCCGGACUUCUGCAGCUACGUGUUUGUGAUCUACGUGCCCGAGCUGUGUGAGCUGGAG